CCUCCCAGGGCCCCGUUGCUAUUUCUGGGUCAAUGGCUCCGCCAGUCAGCCAGCGGCUCCGCGGCCGACGGGACGUCACCUUGCUCGUGUUUGUCAUUACCGGCCCGCCGGCCGGAGGAGAAACGGACUGUCCCACGUGACCGUCGACAUGGGACAUUGGGAGCGGCUCGGUGUCAAAGUGCGACACGUGCGUUCGUGACCCGCCUGCAGUCCGCAGCCACUGACUCAUCCGGAUUUGACGAAACAUGGCUUCCACUCCACCGCACAAUUUCUCCUGGGUCGACCCUGACAAAGUGGCCGGACUGGCGCUUCCCAGGAGGACGUCCGAGUACCAGUACCUGCUGGACCACGGUGUCAAACACCUGGUGUGUCUGUGCGAGAGGAAGCCGCCGGGCUGCGACUCGGUCCCGCAGCUCCGGCUGCACCACAUCGACAUAGUGGACUUCUCCCCCCCGUCCCCCGCGCAGAUCGACCGCUUCCUUUCCAUCGUGGAAGAGGCCAACUCCAAGGGAGAGGGUGUGGCAGUGCACUGCAUGCACGGACACGGGAGGACGGGGACCAUGCUGGCCUGCUACCUGGUGAAGACCAGAAAGAUCUCGGGGACGGACGCCAUCAACGAGAUCCGCCGUCUGCGGGAAGGCUCCAUUGAAACCAGCGAGCAAGAGAAAGCUGUGGUGCUUUUUUCUCAGCGCACAAAGUAGCUUUUAUAGUAAGAAAAAAAGUUAUUGUUCAGUGUCAGUUUGCGAUUAAUAAGUGGAACAACUUCAUUUCUAAAUAAACCGUUUAUUAUCUAUGAAUAGGAAACUCAAGCAACAUAUUUGUUCAGUAAAUGCAUCAUCAUACUGUCUUUUUACAUGGUACUGUAUACUAUCGUUUUGCUUAGCAAAGGAUUACUUUUCUUUGCAUUGACAUUCUCCUCCCCAGGUAGUUGUUAACAAAUCUUGCGCAUUCAUUCAUGCAUUCAAUUCAUUCAUGCACUGGACGCCGGAGAGAAGAGACGCUGGCGCUCCUUGAAUGUGAGCUUUUCAGGAGCUGACGCCCUCCUGGUUUUCUCCUCUGGGUUUCUGUAAAUCAGUAAUAUCAAAUUAUUGUUAUUAUUAUUAUCAAAAGCUGCUUGUUCGGAUUGAAUUUCAAUGUGUUACAGGUUAGACCCACUUGUUUGAUAGUAUGUUGUUGGAUUGUUGACUUCGUCCACUCUGUCUUUGAUCUGACAAAGCAUGGAAAUAUUGCAAUGUACAAUAAAAUAAGUGGUCUGAUGAGCACAGA